UUUUCAUUUUUCAUUCAUUCUCAACUUGCAAUCAAUAUAUAUUGUCAUUCGAGACUAUGCCUUUGUCACGAUUUCGUUUCUAUAUAUGGAUUCAUUUUUCAACUUUUUCUUCUUCUUUUGACAAAUCAUCUUUCAUUAUUCACAAUUAAUAGACAAGCAACAACAAAGCAACAAACCAAUAAACAGAAUUUUAUUUGUAGUGAUUUUUUCCUAUGGUUUUGUGUAGAUGGAUUAUUAUUAUGAUUAUAUAAUAAUGUUACGUUAAUCAUAAUUUUAUACUGAAUAAUGACUUUUAUUGAACAACAACAAUCACCAAUGAUGGCCAUCAUUAGGCCAUCAUCAAUGAAUAUAAGUCCGAAUGAAUUCUAUGAUUCAGCCAUUGAAUUAGUGGCUGAUGAUUAUUCAUCAUCAACAACAAGUUAUUGUGAUCCAUAUUUAUCUACAACAUCAACAAAACAUACGUAUAAUCAAUCCAAUAAUUGUAUUGCAGUUACAUCAUCGUCAUCAUCAGCGAUCAAUCGAUUGACCAAUUUAGUCUAUACGAAUCCGAAUAACCAAUCAUUGAACACGUUAGUUUUCAAUCCAAUGUAUAGAACAAAAUUUAAUGGUAAUGAUUCGAAAAGAAACCAACAACCAGUUUUGUUCGAUCAACAACGAAUCGAUUCGUCAAUAUCGACACUUAAAUCAUCUCCUAAGUCAUCAACAUUAUCAAAGGAAAUCAUUCCAAAACAAAAAUCAUCUCAUCAAACAUCAUCGUCGUUAGUAAUAAGCAAUAAUAGAACAUUAUCAAUGAUGGCUACUAAUCCACAACAACCUGUCGUUGUCAUCUCCUCUGAUAAUCAAAAAUAUCAGCCUCAAUCAUCAUCAACAGCGAUCAAUACAUCAUAUAAGGACAACAGAGAAAACCGAAUUCAUUCGGCCACAAAAUAUCAACCGCAGCAACAAAUCAACACGAAUAUCAAGAAGCAGAUUACUAUUCAGCAGCAACCACUACCGUCAAUAUCAUCAUCAUCAUCACCACUAAGAUCUUCACGAAGUUUUACGGCCAGCUAUUGCUCACGGCCAAACGUGACAUUAAUAAGACGAAAAAGUGCUUCCGAACGUCUAGCCGAAUCGAAAGGCAAAUACAUUGGCCGUAUGCCAUCGGAUAUGACGAUCAAUCGUUUUAUUAAUCAAUCAGAUAGAUUGGAUUAUGGAGAACGGCAAUCACCAUUUCAAUCAAUUGUUCAAAUGGAAACAUCUACAGCUACUAGUUUAAUUCGAUCAAAGCAAACAACUAAUUCAUUAUCCAAUUCAUUGAUAGCUGAAAUUCAUCAUGGUUCAAACAAUUCGGAUAAUAGAAGUUUAAUCACUAAAAUCAAUAGUCAUUUGAAUAAAAUUAAAAAACAAUCAGAUCAAAAUAAUCUGGUCAAAAAACGAAUCAGUCCUAAAUUAUCUGAAAAUUCAACAGGUGGUACUAGCAAUUUGGAAUUGCAAUUAAGAGAAUUGAUUAGUUUGGAUAACAUGAUUGGCGAAACUAUCCAGCCUAACCGGAUUUCAAAAGAUGUUAUUAUAACAAAAAAUGAUGAUCCACGAAGUAACUGUGAAUCCGAUGAUUUAAUCAUACAACAAAAUGAUAUCUAUCGGGCAGAACUUAAAUACAUAGGCUCGUCAUCAUCAUCAUCAUCAUCAUCAUCUCAUUCGUCAUCAUCAGCAACACAAUCCACGAAAACCACCACCACCACAUCAUCAUCAUCAUCAUCAUCAUCAUCAUUAUGUUCUAUAUUUUCCGAACCAUAUAACAUUUCAUCUUCACCAGAAAAAAUGAAAAGAAUUAACGAUGAAUUAUUAUUAUCAUCAUCAUCAUUGAAAAAAGAAAAUAAGUUUACAAAUUUUCCAUCACAGCUGCCAUCUAUCUGUGAUGAUUGGAAACAAGAAGAAAAUUUAAAUCUAUCAACUUCUGUAAUGAGAUCUAAAUCGGACAUAUCUCCAUUAUCAAAUAAUCAAAGAUUUUUGAACAAUCAUUCUAAUCCAAAAGAACAGGACAUUGACCGAUUAUUCAAAAAUCUAUGUUUGAAUUCUAAUCUUCAACAGAAUAAUAACGAUAACCGAAUGGAAACUAAACGAAAUGAACGGAAUAUAAGCUUCUCAUCCAAUGAUGAUUCAAUGAAAAGAAAAAUGCAUCAUCAUACUAAUAAUAAUAAGGAUAAUUAUAAUGUAAAAAAUCAUCACAACAAUGAAAUGAUUUAUCCAAGUUACGAUGAUUCAAACUCAAGUAAAUCGACAAUUUCGAAUGAAUUUUCUAGUUUUAAUUCAUCAAGUCAACUAUCGGUUGAUGAACCAUCAUUCAGUCAUACCCAUAAUAGCAAACGAAGAAGAAUUUUUCAUCAUCAUGGAGGCAGUACUUCGAAAUUGACAUUCGAAAAUCUGAUGCUUCAUCAACAAAACCUAGCAUCAUCUCGUUCAUGUACAAAUCUGUUGGCCAACUUUCAUAAUGGACCAUCUGUCGUCGAACGUAAUGCUCGAAUAAUCAAGUGGUUGUUCAAUUGUCGAAAAGCAAUGGAUCAUCAAUCGACAAUCAUUUGAUCAUUGAAUCAGUUCACAAUGGUUAAAUAUCGAUUGUUAAAUGUAAUAAUGAAAAAAAAUAUUGCCUUAUAUGUGGCGAUAUUUUUAGUAGUCAAUUUUUUUUAUUAUUUUUCCAAUAAUUGUGGUUUAUUUUAUUAUUAUUAUUACUUAGACUAGUCGGCUACAUUUUCUCAUUAAAAAAAAGGAUUUACAAAUAACACAACAAAUCUUGGAUUUCUUGUAAUGAUAACAAAUAAAGUUUUUUAUUUAGAAUUUGGUCCAAUUCAUUUUUUUUUUGCACAGAUUGGUAUGA